CCUACCCUCAUGUCUACGCUGCUACAUUUGAACCACGAUGUCCUUCGCUGCAUCUACGACAAUCUCAGCUUCAGUGACAGCCUAUCACUCGCUUCCACCUGUGCUCACAUGCGACUUUUGCUACGUCCUCUGCUUUUUGCAUCGUGCCGAUGGCGCCACAAUAGGGUGCCACCCCGGACUUUAUGGCCCUUCAUUAGACACCUUCACAUCGAUACAGACCAAUCGUACCUGCAUCCUGACUUCUUCCACGAUCUCCGUCAGCUGCGGUCCGUUUCUAUCCACGCGCAGGGGGUAUCGGCCAAUAUGAUCAAUUUACUCAGUGCCGCCUCACGAAUCGAUGUGCUCGACCUAUCUUACAUGUGCUACCGACCCAGAAACUGCGGCUACGCUUUGCACUACGGGGAUUUUCCGGGAUUUUUCUCGUUGGAUUGUCAUCCACGUGUGCUGAAGUACUGUUCGCGACUGGGACAGCAGUAUCUCAGCCACGCCGACAAUAUGCAGAUGUACGAGAGCCGUAUACGCGCUCUGCGCUAUCCACUUGCUACCCUCCUGCACGAAAUCAGCGUCGAACAGAUAGAGGUGUUCGAAACCAGCGCAGAAGCGCUUUGUCUGCCUAUGGCCACUUCAUAUACCUGGUCUUCACUUCGGCGCCUCGUCAUCACUGGAUUCUGGCCGGAUCCCCUCGAGCGCCUCGAAGUGCUUGAUGACCCGAACCUGGAAACUCCAGCAUGGAUAUAUCAGCACGUCCAUCUCGGCACACUCUUGGUUGCCGCUCCCAACCUUCGGGCCCUCAUCAUUCACUGCCAGUAUGCAGGUUGGCUACAGUACCCACAGUGCGUAGUCUGGCCGCGCGAUGACCCUGCAUAUGUUUCGUGCGUACCUUUGCUUGAGGAGUUUGAACUCUGCAAUCCAGCUGCUCGGGAUGGGAUCUUCGCCCAGCUACCGCCUUCUCUGCGCCAGCUUUCGCUGCUUCUUCUGCCGCACCUAAUCCAAAAUACGGAGAUGGACAUGGAGUGGGAACUCAGCGUCAUUGAUGCGUCUGUAGCUCAGAAUGCUCUCCUUCCUUCCGCUCUGAUAGAUGUCCUGUCUGCCGCGCCGUUGCCCGAUCUACGGCAGCUACGCUUCUCCUUUCGCGGCCCUACGGACAUGCGACUCUUCGAGGUUGUUGCGACGCUUUUCCCGCGACUCGAAUUGUUGGAGUUGCACGCGGAAAUAGGGCCAGGAUGUUUAUGGUCGGCGCAUGACCUGGCUCAAUGCGCGCGCGCACUCUCCCCGCUGGCUCAUCUUCGUGAGCUGCAUUUGAACACUUUUUCCGGGAUCGUAGACGGCAUGGGUAGAUGGCCCAAACGGCUCCGAGGAAUAGUCGGAAGGGUUCCAGCUUGCGACGGCAUACUUCGCCAGGACGUCGUCAAGGCACUAUUCGGGCCGUUGAAGGCAGUGGAGAUGCUAUGGCUUCCGGAUAUGCGCGUUACGAUGACAAAUCGCAGUCGUACCCGCAACUACUACAGCAGGGAAUGGCGCGUCUUCAGCGUGGUUCGAGGCAGAGGGAAACGUCCGCGCUUGACUGAACUGGAUCCGUUUCCAGAAUGCAUACACAUGACACAGAUUGAUGGCGCGCAGAUAGGACACUGUCUUCAAAACGUGUGACUUCAUGUUUUAAGGUCGACAGAUACUGUAUCACUGUCCCGUCCAAUCUGGUGACCCAUGCGAUGCGUCGA